CUGUGGCCAAUUUACAAAGCCUGGGAAUUUUUGCAAGUUGUUGGAUGGAGAGUUCAAAGCCGGCGCCGGCGAUCGAUUCAGACCGGCCGAAUCUGCCGCCGGGAUUCCGGUUCCACCCGACCGACGAAGAGCUGGUGGUUCACUAUCUCAAGAAAAAGACCACUUCUCUGCCCUUGCCGGUGGCCAUCAUCGCGGAAGUUGACCUCUACAAGUACGAUCCUUGGGAGCUUCCAGCUAAGGCUUGCUAUGGGGAGGAAGAAUGGUACUUUUUCAGUCCGAGAGAUCGGAAGUAUCCGAACGGAGCACGGCCAAAUCGUGCGGCGACAUCGGGGUAUUGGAAGGCAACUGGAACUGAUAAGCCGGUGAUUGCUUUGUCGGAAGGGAAUCGGAAAGUUGGUGUGAAGAAGGCUUUGGUUUUCUACGGCGGAAAGCCACCGAAAGGGAUCAAAACCAAUUGGAUCAUGCAUGAAUACCGUCUCGCAGAUAACAAACCUGAUGGCGGGAACAAUAAGCUGCCGGAGUUCUAUAUCGGCAGCAAAAAAAGCUCAAUGAGGCUGGAUGAUUGGGUUUUAUGUCGGAUUUAUAAAAAAACAAUCUCCAACAAACCAGGAGUAGAUCAUGAGCUGAAAGAUUGCUUUAGUUAUAUGGGUGACCUAAUUCCUCCAUCCAUAACAAUCCACGGCUACAACCAACAAAUGACGACGACAACGACAACGACCGCAGCGGCGAUGAACCGUAGCGUGUAUUCUGAAUUAGCUUCUUUAUCUCUUCCGACGAAACAGCGGCUGCAACCAACUUCAUCAUGGGACGAGGAAGAGUAUCAGUCAGCCAACGACCAACCAUUGAGCAAGAGAUUACAGUUGAUGAACGGUGGCAGUGUUGACGACAACAACCCGAUCGCCGCUCUUCUCAGCCAACUACCACCGCUGCAGCAGCCGACAUUGCAAGGUUGUAUAGUAGGCGACGGGAUAUUCCGGCCGGCGAUCGAAUUGCCGGAGACAAAUUGGUAUUCAUAACACACAUAUAUACAAAAUUAGAUUAAAAAGAUGAUAUGGUUACCUAAAAUAUACAGCUGAUUUGAUAUUUAGGGAAAAUAUUUUUAAUAUUUCGGGGAUUUUAAUGUGUAAAGAACUAGAUUGACAUAACCCUAAUUGUGUUUUUAUUAUUAUUGGGGUUUGAAGAUUAUAUAUGUUUGUAUUCAUAUA